UGUUGUGUGUCGCUUGACAGCACGAACUUACUACCUAUAGCUGUAUAGGCAGCGAAAUAAGCAGUGAUAAGCAAAAGACGGACAAGUAGAUGUUACAAUUCGUACCGUGCAUUCUGAAAUCGCAAAGCAUCAAGAGAAUCAAAGUCUGCAGGUCUGUGAUCGACAAAUCAUUUGUUCUGCUUGCAAGAAGAAAAUACAACAGAAUGGUCAAAUAUUUAAAUCAAUCGGAAGCUAUUAACGUUGACAAAGAUCUGUUCGAAAAGUAUAAAUUUAGCGUAGAUCAGUUAAUGGAGCUAGCUGGGCAAAGCUGCGCCGUUGCGAUUGCGAGGUCUUAUCCGUUGUCGUUGGACUCGGAGGAUGUCUCCUCCAACCGAGUAUUGGUGUGCUGUGGGCCUGGCAACAACGGUGGCGACGGCCUAGUUUGCGCGAGGCACCUAAAGCUCUUUGGAUAUUCGCCAGAGAUCUAUUAUCCAAAGAGGACGAAUAAUGAGCUAUACCAAAGGCUGUUACAUCAAUGCGUCGAGAACGGUAUACUUGUACUGGAAAAUCAGCGCAUAGAGGAAGCAACUGCAGACUCGACAGUUUUUUUGCACAAAUAUGUGAUUGUAGUGGAUGCUCUUCUGGGAUUCAGCUUCAGACCACCAGUGAGAGAGCCAUUCGUUCAUAUCAUCGACAUGUUGAAAAGCACAAGCGUGCCUAUUUGCAGCGUGGAUAUACCAUCGGGCUGGGACGUCGAGAGAGGCCCACCUGAGGCUGGUGGCAUAAAGCCACAAAUGUUGAUAUCUCUAACGGCACCAAAAAUGUGCGCGUCGAAGUUCGACGGAAAAUUCCACUAUCUGGGUGGACGAUUUGUGCCUGAGAAGUUGGAAUCGCAGUAUAAUCUCAACCUACCGAAAUACGCUGGCACGGACUUUGUUGUUCGGCUGUAUUGACAAAUGCUUACAAAUCUUAUUGUAUCCUAUCCCGUGCGUAAUGCGUUCUCAUCGUCAGAAAGUGCAUUUGAAUUUAUCACAUGACUAACUUUUUUCAACUAUCAUAUUAAUUACUGGAGAGAAACAUUUAGCUGAAAAAACAUGAUUCUGAUCAUAAACAAUUUAUAUUUCUCCUUGUUCUCCAAUUGUUUACGAAUGCGGUUAUUUUAAUUAUACAUUCAUAUAUGUAGUAUUUUCGAAUGCGAUGGAUUUUAACCUAAUCUAACCCGAAUCGAUUACAUCACGUGUUUUACUUUGAUUUCUGGUUGAACGAGGCCAUGAUCUUUCAAGUCAAAUAUGAGUUAACCAAAUUGGAUUGGAUUCAGACCCUAUAUCCGAAAGUGCUAAUAACUAUUGAUAAAUAAAUUAUAUAUUUUUGAAUUUA